AGGUGUGGCACUUGGAAACAGGUAGACUGUUGUUACAAGGCGCCGUUUGGAGACAUCACAGACGGUGUGUAAACGGCCGUGCAGUAACUGGGAGGAAGGAGGGCAGCAUCUCAGUUUUGUUUGCGCCGAGGAAGGAAGUUUCUUUGCAGGAAAAAGCAAUGAAAGGGCUAUAAUUAUCUCCGACCACUUUUCUGUUUUUUUUCCCUUCCCAGUCUCACGGGGACGGUCGGUUUGAAGAGGAAAGGAUCCGCGGGUCGCCUGAAAACAUGGAGGAUUAGUUGGUCGUAGAAGCAGUUAUUGUACCGUAUUUUUUAACUCCAGCACAAUCUGUGAACUUGUGCCCUUUUCAACUCGCGCAUUAAGUUGUUUGAAUGAGUUUAGUGGGAUUGAUAUUUAUGAGCUGGGACCGCCUGGAGCCAUCCGCACUCUUCCUAUCGAAGGUUUAGGACUGCAGCAGUGAUGGAGGACAUCGACGUGGAGCAGCAGGAGCCCUUUCCUGUGGACAGAGAUGGGAGGCAGUUCAAGGAUGGAGCGGACCAGCCGGACGGCGGCAGGAAGCUGGGAUGUUGUGAGAAGUUCCAGAGGGCCGUCUCGAGAUGGAUGCUUCCAGAAGACUCCCGCAGCACGUACCUGGAACGUGCCAACUGCUGCCCACCCCCCAUCUUCAUCAUCCUCAUCAGUAUCGCAGAGUUGGCAGUGUUUAUCUACUACGCCGUGUGGAAGCCUCAGAAGCAGUGGGUGACCCUGGAGGAAGGCAUCUGGAAAAGCCCUCUGACAUACAGGCCGGAGCACAGAGAGGAAGCAUGGCGCUUUAUCUCCUACAUGUUUGUCCAUGCUGGAGUGGAGCACAUAUUGGGUAACCUACUGAUGCAGUUGCUGCUGGGAAUCCCAUUGGAACUGGUCCACAAAGGAUUUGAAGUGGGAAUGGUUUACCUCGCCGGCGUCCUCGCAGGCUCUUUGGCCAGCUCCAUCUUUGAUCCUCUCAGUGCCUUGGUGGGAGCCUCUGGGGGUGUUUAUGCCCUCAUUGGAGGCUAUUUCAUGAACGCAGUGGUGAAUUUCAGAGAGAUGAUCCCUCUCCUUGGAGUGUUUCGUAUCCUCGCCAUAGUGUUAAUCGUUGGUACAGAUUUUGGAUUUGCCUUCUACAGAAGAUUUGCCCAUCAUGAGGAGGGUUUAAAGGUCUCCUUUGUGGCCCAUUUUGGAGGAAUUGUGGCUGGUAUGACCAUCGGCUACGUCUUCUUCAGUGCCUACAACAAGAAGCUGCUCAAAGACCCACGUUUCUGGCUUUGUAUAGUGGGCUAUGUAGUGUUUGUGCUUUUUGCUGUACUCUACAACAUCUUCCUUUCUCCAGCCACAUAGGACCACAAAGCUGCAAUCACCUGUUUAUUGUUUCUCCAAAGUCCUUUUGCCACUCAGGAAGCUGACAUGUUACAGAGAAAAGUUGCUUUUUGGGACUUUGUGAAUUCUGUACACCUUGUUUGUUUUUAUUUUUUUAUCAAUCAGAUUUUGCUCUUUUUAGAUUAAAAUUUGAGUUGAAGUGGAGAGGUGCCUCCUGCUGUUUUAGUCUGGCAUUGCAGACGUUUUCACAAGAUCGAGAAUAUGCCUAAUUUUAAAUGCAGUGACUCACUUAUAUUUGUCUUAAUCAAGAUAUUUGCUGUUGCCUUGUUUGCUUUGUAUUCAGCUAUUUUACUUUCAGGAUAUUACAGACUAACACUAGUCCUGGAUAGGAAAUGAUGUUCCGAUUGUUUAACAGAAAUAGCUCCUGUUUAAAGCUUUCACAUAAUUUAACUGUGGUGAAAUCUGUCACCACAAUAAAAUGACACACGAUUGAUGAAAACAUUUUAUUAUCCUGUGGCAUAUCACAUUUUUUUUCAGACAUAUUUUUUGUAUUACGAGACGUUUACAAAGUAGUGUCGAGGAAAAAAAGGGAAAAAUGUCAUUUGUGUCGGUGUUCUUUCGAUCUUUCUUCCCUUCUUUUCGCUACUUUUCUUGACUAUUUGCUGUUUACGUCAGAUCUUGUUAACAGGACAUGAUUAACACUGCGCAGAGACGUAAAACAGCUCUGGACACACCAUCUGGAACCUAUUGCUCCUUAUUAUGGACAGCGGUUGAUAUUAAAAUAUUCCUUCUUAACUGUGUAAUAAUUGUUCGAUAUAAAGUGUUCAGUGUAAGUUAUAAUUCAAAGAGUACAUUUUCUGUUGUGAAACACUAUAUAGGAAAACUGUUUCAUGUUAAAUUUUUAAAUGUUUUUUAUGGCAAGGGGCAUUAGAGGGCUACAGAUUCAGAAACAGAUCUUAUUUGAUCUUUAUUCAGAUUUAUCUAAAUUUAUCUAGAUUGAUGCCGAAACUAUGAUCACUGAUUACACAGAGACCUUCUAUAUUUGGUUUUACAUUUCCACAGAAAAUAUGUUUUAAUAAAUUUUGAUUCUUUUUUUA